AUGUUUGUAACUAUGGCUUGGAUACCCAAGGCCACACUACAAGCCAUCAUUGGCGGACUGGCCUUUGACGUAACUAACAAAUUUUGUGAGGAGUACUUGCUUCUUGACAUUGACAAGCCUGAACAAACUACCCAAAACAUACUCAAGGAACAAGCUGAACAGAUUACCAUAAUGGCCAUUGUGAUUAUCCUCAUAACAGCACCCCUUGGGGCUAUCCUAAUGAGGGUAACUGCAUUUUGGCUACUCAGUCAAGGUCCAGAUAGUGCCUCUCGACCACAACGCAAUGAGGACCAAUCGGCGACAAAUUCUGUAGCCUAG